AUGGCGUCAUGGAGCAAAGUAACUGUCAAGACUUUGGAUCAAAACACUUACGAGGUUGAUGCAAGUGGGCUGAAAACUGUAUCCGAAUUUAAGGCGAAGCUGGAGACCAUAUUGGGGCCAGAUACGAUUCCCGCUGAUUCAAUGCGCAUUAUCAAUAAUGGACAAAUUAUGUCUGACGAUAAUGCUCUGUUGGGGGACCUGAAAGUGGACUUGAAAAAGCCCUUCCUUGUUAUGAUGACGCGGGCGAAAACUGCGCCGGUGUCCGCAUUGCCACCUGUCCCGAAUGCGGAAAAGUCACCGAUGACUCGCUCAGAACCACUUGGACAGAGGUCGCACCUUAUUCAGGGUCAAGUAACUACUUCCGGGAAUUCCGUGUCCGAACCCACGUAUUCGCGUUCAACCGAAAGACAACGGGAGUCGUAUAUUAGGGCUUUCAAGGUCAUGCAGCAGGGAAGCAGCGGUAUUCGGGAUAACAGCGACACCUCGGUAUCAGUAACAGGACAAGGAACUACUUCGCAGCCUGAUACGUCCGUAGAAGCCUCUGUCGACAACGCAGAUCCCCCGUUGAUUGUUCAAGCGUUGAUGGCUAUGGGAUUUGAUAGGGCGCCAGUGGAGAGCGCCUUGAGGAUGACUGAAGGGGAUCCCGACAGAGCUUUGGAAUUACUAUUGAAUGGAGCAUUGUUCAUGGAUGACACCACAGCACUUGGAGAUUUACUGUCACUUCAUCCUCCUGAUGCUGCAUUCCUCCAGCUGGUUCAAGAACCUUACAUGAAUACUCUCAGGGAAAGAGUUCAAAGAGAGGGCCCAGAUGUCCUGACAGAUGCCUUAAGAAUUGUUGCACUGCAAAAUACACAAGCUAUUGAGAUUAUCCACGCUAACCAGGACAUUUUUGUUGAUUGGCUGAAUGGAAUGGAUCCUUCUCAUACACCCCAAGUGAAAUUAGCCUCUGAUUCUCAGUUGAAGUGCGUGAUCGAGAGGACAGCCAACAAUAUCAUGGCGACGAACACUGCCCCGGAUAGAAAUGCUCGUCUGCAACAAACACAAGCGCAAGUCGAUGAGGUCGUGGGAAUCAUGAGAGUGAAUGUUGAGAAGGUUUUGGAACGUGAUGCGAAAUUGAGCGAGUUGGACAAAUCUGCGGACGAGUUACAGCAAGGCGCUCAGCAAUUCACGCAAACCGCGAAGAGCUUGAAACGAAAGUAUUGGUGGAAAAACGCCAAGGUAAGCCUGAAUUCUUUGCGUUUAUUUUGUCAAAUCGUGUAAAAUGUUCCGACGUGUUUUGAGCUUAUGGCUGCUUUGAUCGGAGCCGGAGCUCUUUCGACGGGUACAAUCAUCAGUAAGUGAAUCAUUUUUCUUGUCCGCGAUUUGCCUAAAGAAACUGUUCGCUCAAUCCUGGAAAAACUGUUAUUCCUCGUAUAUCUGAGAAGAAGCUGUGGAAAGAAAAUUAUUGUAACUAUUUAUUUGUUGUUGGUGCUGCCCCCGCAAUCAUCAAAUCCGUCAACCCACGUGUGAGGUAGGAAGGUCAGAUCAAUGAUGAUCUUCAUGUGUGGGUAGACGGAGUGUCGAGUGUGUAUGAUGUCAGCUUAUCCUGUAUUUUUUUAGAAUUUAGAUCAAGUUGAUCGGUAAAAUUCAGUGGGUUUUUAUUCGGGUGCCUUUUCCAUCUUGCUCGUAAAAUCAGUAAACUAUGCUCGAAUACCGCCUUCUGCAAUGCCUAACGUAUUUUAUUCAAGUGUGUUAAGGUACCGGCAACACUGACAUGAUGUGAUGUGGUGAUGAAAUCCGAUGGUGACCUACAUUUUGGGACAGUAUGGAAAUUCAGCGUCGUUUUGGUGCAACGUUUAAGUUAUAAUUAUUAAAUUGACUUAGUUUCUGACUUGCAGGCGUUUAUGCUGAAAAAAAUUCCAGGUUUUUUUAUGAGGGUGGGCAGCUUCAACAAAUAUGUUUUUAGAGAAAUCGAAAAAACAAUGUAUUGACCUAACCAAAAAUCCUUAUCAAAUGAAUCGGACAGAUUUUCCGGAAUGAACCGAAGCCUUGCCUGCCUUGUUCUUUAUCGCUUGAAAACAUGCUUUGUUUGUUUUGGUUGCUAGAUGUGGGGGAUACUGAUCGCUAUUUUGCUGGUUAUCAUCAUUAUCAUCAUCGGUGAGUGACAAUCUCUCAUGUUUUUUGGUCUUCCUCUGGGUUCGGAUUUGUCUCAUCCACGCUGACACGCAGUUGUCGCCGUCGCAAGCCAAUGAUGGAAAUUAUCACAUUUUCGUCGUGUUACUCAUUAUCCCCAUAUUUUCAAUUCUCUCAUUUGCUGGCAAAUAUAACCCAAGUACUGUUAUUCAAACUGUGUGUGUAUUCGAGUACGAAAUUUGAUGGAUUAACGUGCCUGUAUUUUUAAGAGCGUAAAACGUUUUCAAAUUUCAAUUUUUUUCCAUUCCUUCAUAAACAAUGCAUUAAUCUCUCUAGUUCAAGGGCUUUCCCCCUCAAGCCCUCUCCCCCCCCCUCAUAAUGCCGUCUGGCAAUUAUUUCAUUGACACAGGAAAGAGCAAAUUGAUGCAAAUGUAACUUGAUGCAUUUUGAAAGGAAGUGAAAGACUUAUUUGGCAAAUGAACUUUGCGACCAACUCCAGUAUCCUGUCAACUCAUUCAAGAGGCAAUUUAAGGUGCAGAAUAUCACCAAUUACAAUUUCUUGAAAUUCUCAGCUCAAAACCUCCCUAACUUAAAUUUUUUUGCUGGUUCCCUGAAAUUUUGCUUGACAGUGUUUCACUGUACUACAGCAAAAUCUUGUUAAAACAAAGCUGUUAUGGGACCGGGAAAAAUGCUUCCUCAUAAUACACCGAUUAAUUCGUUUUAAAGCGAUUUGAAUAACAGUUCUGUUAUUGAACAGGGCCCUGAAAAUGCAUUUUUUAUCCUUAAUUUGUUUGAACAAUAUUCGUUGUAAUGUGAUUUUACUGUAGUGUGUUAGAAUUUUCGAAUGGCAUCUACUUGCUUUGAUUUAUACUGUAUUUAAGAAGUCAACCUAGGUACAGGAUUGGCGGGGAAAACUCGGAAGGGGAAGCCUAAAAAUAUUAGGAACUAAAUGUGAUACAGUACUAUGUAUGCUAGAUGUAAUGUUCGAAUCUUUAUUUUUUGUUCUUGCUGUGAAGUCGCUUCCACGUCAACCGGAAGUUCCACCUAGUCAGCUGAGUCGGCUUGCUGCAUCUGCCUCCCUUUGGAUGAUUUCUGGAAGAAAAAGAGUAUCAAUAUUUUUGGACGUUCACCCACUGGCCUCUCCAUCCAAGGAUCAACCAUCUCACAAUGUGGAAAACGGAAGAUUGUGCCUUCGGUCGGUUAAAAUUGGCUGUUGGUGCUUAACUCGUUACAGUGAACAGACAUGAGAGAUGUGGGUAUGCGUUAGAGAGGUGUUUUAUCGCAGACAAGUAAACCGAGCUGACUGGUGAUCUUUCAAUUCUUCCAUGGAACAUGGGAGCGUUUUUGUUUGUUUGUUAUUUGCGAAAUUGGGAUUCAUUUGGCGGGCGAACUGAACAGUCUUGGUCAUUCAAGCUCUCUUGUCAAUGAUGCCCAGAUUUAACGAAGACAAGUCUAGCUAAUGAUAUUUUAUUCAACCUUACAUUUAAUUCGAGUUUCUUUUCGUAUGUAAUUUUUUGAUUUUCAAAGAAAAAACCCUAAUCUGCUGGAGCAGUAGUUCAUCUGCCAUAAAAUCUGCAUCUUAAUUUGUUUUCAUUGUCGCGUUAGAAUAUCUCAUGUGGAUCCCUGAAAAACCCAACAUUCUGAAAUAUUUUUCUCUGUCGGAUGCCCAAUUAUGUAAUCAAGUCUGUUGAUAUUUGAAUUACAGUACUUGAGAUAUUUCGGCUCUUAUAAUUGGCUGAAGUGCAUUUACGUUCAAGUGGAGAGAGUUUUCUAUGAUCGAAUAAUAGACUUCUGAAUUGAAGUAUUAAAUUUUUCCAUCAAAAAAUGCAAUAUUCGUCAAGGAAACUGUAGAAAGUCAGAAUGUCCUUCGUUGGACGCCCCACGUUUUUUUUUCUUCUGAAAAAUGAUGUUCGUAGGUUGUCCAGAAUUUUGUUGAUUUCAUUUCCCGGAAUCUCGUUUCUUGAAAUGCUUUCAUUCAACGUUUUAUUGGACAAUAUUUCCUCAAAAUUUUUUGAUUAAUUUUUUUUCAGUUACGCACUGGUAGAUUGGGGCGUCCCCUGAGAUAUUCAAACGUUCGGCUGUUGGUCCUUCUUUCCCCUAAAAUGGUGAACCAGAAUCAAGGUGUAUAAGCUCAUAUAUGCACGCUGUUUAUACCUGAACAAAUAUGGUAUAUGCGUUCACAGAUAGUGAGGUUCGUGAUGGCGCAUGAGGUUCUAUACUCACUAUGCAAAAAUCCUGCUUCUUGAGCUUGAGGUGUCACUUGCCUACUUCUUUAAAAAAAAAAAAGGCGAAUACCAACGACGGUGUCAUCAAUAAAAUUACUGGCAUAGGUUUAUUCGGCACUGGUAACAUAUGGUUUUAUGUGUGUAUGCGGGAUGCGUGUGUGUGUGUGUAUUGAUGGCUAUUGCAUGGAGCUUCAGUUGUAAUUUGUUGAACAUUGAUGCAGAGGUUAAGAGGUCGUCCGUUGACCUAGUGCGUGUUGAUCGUGCUCUUUGUUACCCGCUAUUACCGAAAAGAUCGCUUGGCGAGAAGAAAGGUUUUGUUUUCUCUGGCUUACGAAAGUGCGAGGGAUUGUGUGAGGUUGCGGCUUAUUGAUCAUGAAAUCGAAUUUUUUUUCCUCUUGUUAUGUGGAUACGGUGAUUAAAGAAAUUUCAUUGUGAUUAAGAAUAA